AUGGAGGGGACUGACCAAGCGGCGAACGAGACGUCUCCCUUGGUGGGACCUCGGCCUUCCGAUGAUGCUGAUGUGGACUCGGUAACAGCCGUCAACGAUUCGGAAUGGAUUAGUAGAAAUGAAGAUGCUCUUGCGCCCAACCCGCCGCCUGAGACGAAGAGCAGCUGGUAUCUGUUCUUGUUGACGUUGAGUAUUGGUGGGCUUCAGGUGGUGUGGUCUGUCGAGCUAUCGAGUGGCUCGCCCUACCUUCUAUCGUUGGGAAUGAGCAAGGCCCUUCUUGCCUUUGUUUGGAUCGCAGGUCCCAUUACCGGAACCCUGGUGCAGCCGUACAUUGGGAUCCGUAGUGAUAAUUGCCGUAUAUCAUGGGGUAAACGGAAGCCCUUCAUGAUAGUUGGAGGCGCGGUGACGAUAGUGACGCUUCUUGCCCUUGCCUGGGUUAGGGAGGCUGUAGGAGGGAUCGUUGGGGUAUUUGGCGGCAACCCGACGGGAGAAGGAACUAAGACUACGAUCAUUGUUAUCGCCACUAUUAUGAUGUGGUGCUUGGAUUUUGCGAUAAAUACUGUCCAAGCGGGUAUUCGAUGCUUCAUUGUUGAUAAUGCCCCAGCCCAUCAGCAGGAGUCUGCUAAUGCCUGGGCCAGCCGGCUGACUGGCGUGGGGAAUAUCAUUGGGUACAUCUUCGGGUAUAUCGACUUACCAAAGAUCUUCCCCUUCCUUGGACACACGCGAUUCCAGAUUCUGUGUGCCCUGGCGUCAAUAUCGCUUAUUGUGACUCUCGUGAUCAGCUGCUUGUAUAUCAAAGAACGCGACCCCCGGCUUGAUGGGCCACCACAGUCAGGAAGUAUGGGUGUGGUUGGCUUCUUCAAGCAAGUCUUCAAAUCUAUAAAGCACCUCCCACCCCAAGCCGCCAAGGUCUGCGAAGUACAGAUUGCCGCUUGGAUUGCUUGGUUUCCGUUCCUCUUUUAUGCGACAACGUAUAUCGGCCAACUUUAUGUCAAUCCCAUAUUCGACGAGCGUCCAGGUCUCUCGGAUCGCGAUAUCGACAAGGCAUGGGAUGAUGCGACAAGAGUCGGAACUUUUGCCCUUCUUGUAUAUGCCAUCAUCUCAUUUGUUGCCAAUAUCACCCUUCCGAUAUUCGUUGUCCCGACGUACAAACCCGUCCUUACCGACGACAACUGUCAAAUAGAGAAUGAUCCAGAAGCCGAGCCCUGUCUAACCGUUGAGAGACAAUCUAGCUCAGAUAUCCAAACAGGGCUUGUCUCGGAACUCCACCCAGAAUUCCCAGGUGACAAAGACCGAAGCUCUACAAAAGGCGAAACAUGGUUAUCGAAACUCCAGAUUCCCGGUCUUACUUUGCGCCGGACAUGGCUUCUAUCGCAGAUACUCUUUGCCCUGUGCAUGUUCAGCACAUUCUUCAUCUCAUCGGUCACCGCUGCAUCCGUGGUAGUGGGCUUGAUAGGUAUAUCCUGGGCGCUAACAUUGUGGGCGCCCUUCGCCUUAAUCUCAGCCGAAGUAGCGGCUUUGGAAGAAGAGCGCCGAGCUCGACGCCACAGGUCCGAGAUGGCGACCUACAACGUGCAAAACCAGCACCCGGAAUAUGCUGAACCUGGCCAAGACGCGAAUGAAGGAGAUCUAGAGACUGGUUCUGCGCGAUCAUCUCCCAAGGCAGACGAAGAGGAGAACCUGGCGCAAGCGGGAAUCGUCCUCGGACUGCACAACGUAGCCGUAUCCGCGCCGCAGGUCUUGUCAAGUUUGGUCUGCAGUGCGAUUUUCAAAAUCUUCCAGAAACCGCGAGGCGAGCCGUACGAUGACAGCAUUGGGUGGGUGUUACGAUUUGGAGGGUGUGCAGCUCUUGUUGCGGCUUAUUUGACCAGUAGGCUUUCAGAGGGGACGACGGUGAAGCGAGCUGGGGCUUAA